UGCCAGACAUCGGGUCAGACAGAUAACAGCGUCCCUGCAACACCAACCCAGCAGUGUGUGGUCUUAACGUCCAGAGGCGCUGAACUGUCGAAAUGGCUGACAACAGAGAUAAAGCCACCGAUCAAAUGAAGAUAUGGAAGGAGAGCAGGGUCUCCCAGAGGUCAGACACACUGACCACAGGGGCUGGCCAUCCAGUGGGAGACAAGCUGAACCUGCAGACUGCAGGACCCAGGGGCCCUCUGCUGGUCCAAGAUGUGGUCUUUACAGAUGAGAUGGCUCAUUUUGACCGGGAACGAAUCCCAGAGAGAGUGGUGCAUGCCAAAGGGGCGGGAGCAUUUGGCUACUUUGAGGUGACUCAUGACAUCACUCGCUACUCCAAGGCCAAGGUGUUCGAGCAUGUCGGCAAGACUACACCUAUUGCUGUCCGCUUCUCCACUGUGGCUGGUGAAUCAGGAUCAGCAGACACAGUGAGAGAUCCCAGAGGCUUUGCAGUCAAGUUUUACACUGAGGAGGGCAACUGGGACCUGACGGGCAACAACACCCCCAUUUUCUUCAUCAAGGACGCCUUGCUGUUCCCGUCGUUCAUUCAUUCCCAGAAGCGCAACCCCCAAACCCACAUGAAAGACCCUGACAUGGUGUGGGACUUCUGGAGCCUGAGGCCUGAGAGUCUGCAUCAGGUGUCUUUCUUGUUCAGCGAUAGAGGUUUGCCUGAUGGCUUCCGUCACAUGAACGGCUAUGGCUCUCACACCUUCAAACUGGUCAAUGCUGCGGGCGAAUGUUUCUACUGCAAGUUCCACUACAAGACUGAUCAAGGAAUAAAGAAUCUGUCAGUGGAGGAGGCAGGCCGCCUGGCUUCCACCAACCCAGAUUAUGCCAUUGGAGACCUGUUCAAUGCCAUUGCCAAUGGCAACUUUCCAUCCUGGACCUUCUACAUCCAGGUCAUGACCUUUGAGCAGGCAGAGAAGUUCCCGUUCAACCCCUUCGAUCUUACCAAGGUUUGGUCACAUAAAGAUUACCCCUUGAUCCCAGUGGGCAAAAUGGUACUGAACCGGAACCCAGUCAACUACUUCUCAGAGGUGGAGCAGCUGGCCUUUGACCCCAGCAACAUGCCGCCGGGCAUCGAGCCGAGCCCUGACAAGAUGCUGCAGGGUCGUCUUUUCUCCUACCCAGACACACAUCGACACCGACUGGGAGCCAACUACUUGCAGAUUCCCGUCAACUGCCCCUUCAGGGCCCGUGUGACCAACUACCAGCGUGAUGGUCCAAUGUGCAUGUUUGACAACCAAGGUGGAGCUCCAAACUACUAUCCCAACAGCUUCAGUGCCCCAGAGACCCAGCCUCAGUUCAUUGAGUCCAAGUUCAAGGUGUCUCUGGAUGUGGCACGCUACAACAGUGCAGAUGAAGAUAAUGUCACACAGGUUCGUGCCUUCUUCACCCAGGUGCUGAAUGAAGAGGAGCGCCAGAGACUUUGCCAGAACAUGGCAGGGUCCCUGAAGGGAGCACAGCUCUUCAUCCAAAAACGCAUGGUUGAGAGCUUGAAGGCUGUCCAUCCAGACUAUGGAAACCGGGUUCAGACCCUUCUAAACAAGUACAACGCAGAGGCACAGAAGAGCACAACUCUGCAUGUUUACAGUCGUCCAGGAGCCUCAGCUAUCGCCCGUCCUCCAAGAUGUAAUGCCUUAAAUUUGCAGCAGGGGCAGAACCCUCAUUUAUCUAUGAGCAAAUGCACUUCCAAAAUUACAACUGCUAGCACCAGUGACAAGAUUGGACUUGUCUUGUCACCGACUUUUCUGUCAGUGACAAGACUGAAAUAAACCUGAAAUGUCCGGGUUGGGGUUUGUUCAUGUCUAAUUCAACCAAUCUCAACAAUCGGCUUCCUCCAAAAGUCUUAAAGCUAGAAAUAUUCCGGAGGCUCUUGAUCUCAAAAUACCUUAUGGGGUUUAUUAGUCUUGACUGAACAGCAGUUUAGGAACUAAAAUUUAGUUUUAAGUUAUAAAAUUAAAACUGAUUUUGAUCUGAGUGUUUGGUUAUACCAAAACAUGCCAAUUUUGAGUGUUUGGGUUUUAGAACAUAAAUGCCUUUUAUUAACUUUUUUAUUUGAUUGCAUUAAAUCAGUUAACCCCAACUUCCGUUGAGCACUAUGAUGAGUACAUAUUGUUUCAAAUAAUUCCUCAGGUUGUGCGUGUACUACUAUGUUGAGAUGAUUUUUUUUCUUUCGCUAAGUUUAAAGAAAACAAAUCCUUUUAUUCAAAAUGUCUUCUGUCCACAGUCAAAUAUUUUUUGUAAAUUUAUAUACCAGUCAGUGUAUUGCUAGAUGUGCACUGCAUGAAUCUUCAACCUGGGUUCAAGUGGCUUGUGGCUUUGCUUAUGGCUGUGUUUUUGUUUUCACUAUGGGCAAUAAUCAUUUUUGGCUAGUUUUCUUAUAAUCAUUAUGAGAAAAUGGUUUUUUUUAAUGAGUAGAAAGGGCAACAUUAUCAGUUGUUUCUUUGUGGGCGUCUGCAUAUUUCGUCAAUGUGCAAUUCGGGAAGAGCAAGAUGAGAAAUUAUUUUAACAGCAACUAAAAUAACAGUGCCUUUUUUUGUUUGCUAAAUUAACCAAAUACAGAUUAUUUCAAUCUUAAACUGCAAGAGUCAGUUGUGAAUUGAUCUCAGUUAAGUGCUACAGUUCUCAAAGUUUAAUUAAUCUAUAUGAAGUAACUGUUCGUUGUGGUGCCAUCACUAUAGUGAGGAGAUACGUGUGAUUAUUUCGGACUUAACAUCAAGUUAGUUUACCCUAAAAAUAUCAUGUUGAUCACUUUCAUCCUGGAAAAAGACCACAAAGAUCCCCAUAAGGAUACAAAACAUUUAAGAGUAUCAAUGUCCAGUAUGAAUUGUCUGUGUAAUCUGCUAUAUUCAUGUGAAUGUUUUGGUCUGGAUGUAACAGACUUUUUUUUUGUUAAUAUUAACAUUAAAGUUGACAAUAUGAAUUGAUUUGUAA